AGAAACCCCAGCUCAUUUUUCUUGGAAAGAAAGUUAUUAUCGAUCCACUAUGUCCCAGAGCACACAGACAAGUGAAUUCCUCAGUCCUGAGGUUUUCCAGCAUAUCUGGGACUUUCUGGAACAGCCCAUAUGCUCAGUUCAGCCCAUUGACUUGAACUUUGUAGAUGAACCAUCAGAAAAUGGAGCGACAAACAAAAUUGAGAUUAGCAUGGACUGUAUCCGCAUGCAGGACUCGGACCUGAGUGAUCCCAUGUGGCCACAGUACACAAACCUGGGGCUCCUGAACAGCAUGGACCAGCAGAUUCAGAACGGCUCCUCGUCCACCAGCCCCUACAACACAGACCACGCGCAGAACAGCGUCACGGCGCCCUCGCCCUAUGCGCAGCCCAGCUCCACCUUUGAUGCCCUCUCACCAUCGCCUGCCAUCCCCUCCAACACCGACUACCCGGGUCCGCACAGCUUCGACGUGUCCUUCCAACAGUCCAGCACCGCUAAGUCAGCCACCUGGACGUAUUCCACUGAACUGAAGAAACUCUACUGCCAAAUUGCCAAGACAUGCCCCAUCCAGAUCAAGGUGAUGACCCCACCUCCCCAGGGUGCUGUCAUCCGUGCCAUGCCUGUCUACAAGAAAGCUGAGCAUGUCACUGAGGUGGUGAAACGGUGCCCCAACCACGAGCUGAGCCGUGAAUUCAAUGAGGGACAGAUCGCCCCUCCCAGUCAUUUGAUUCGAGUGGAAGGGAACAGCCAUGCCCAAUACGUAGAAGACCCCAUUACAGGAAGACAGAGUGUGCUGGUACCUUAUGAGCCACCCCAGGUUGGCACUGAAUUCACCACAGUCUUGUACAAUUUCAUGUGUAACAGCAGUUGUGUUGGAGGGAUGAACCGCCGUCCAAUUUUAAUCAUUGUUACUCUGGAAACCAGAGAUGGGCAAGUCCUGGGCCGACGCUGCUUUGAGGCCCGGAUCUGCGCUUGCCCAGGGAGAGACAGGAAGGCCGAUGAAGACAGCAUCAGAAAGCAGCAGGUCUCGGACAGCACAAAGAACGGUGAUGGUACGAAGCGCCCGUUUCGUCAGAACACACAUGGCAUCCAGAUGACAUCCAUCAAGAAACGAAGAUCCCCAGAUGAUGAACUGUUAUACUUACCAGUGAGGGGCCGUGAGACAUACGAAAUGCUGUUGAAGAUCAAAGAAUCUCUGGAGCUCAUGCAGUACCUUCCUCAGCACACAAUUGAAACAUACAGGCAGCAGCAGCAGCAGCAGCACCAGCAUUUACUUCAGAAACAGACCUCGAUGCAGUCUCAGACCUCAUACGGUAACAGCUCCCCGCCUCUGAACAAAAUGAACAGCAUGAACAAGCUGCCUUCCGUGAGCCAGCUUAUCAACCCUCAGCAGCGCAACGCCCUCACUCCCACCACCAUUCCUGACAGCAUGGGAGCCAACAUUCCUAUGAUGGGCACCCACAUGCCAAUGGCUGGAGACAUGAAUGGACUCAGCCCCACCCAAGCCCUCCCUCCCCCACUCUCCAUGCCAUCCACAUCCCACUGCACCCCCCCACCUCCGUACCCCACAGAUUGCAGCCUUGUCAGUUUCUUAGCGAGGUUGGGCUGUUCAUCAUGUCUGGACUAUUUCACGACCCAGGGGCUGACCACCAUCUAUCAGAUUGAGCAUUACUCCAUGGAUGAUUUGGCAAGCCUAAAAAUCCCUGAGCAAUUCCGGCAUGCGAUCUGGAAAGGCAUCCUGGACCACCGGCAGCUCCAUGACUUCUCCUCCCCGCCCCACCUCCUGCGCACCCCAAGUGGUACUUCAACAGUCAGUGUGGGCUCCAGUGAGACCCGGGGUGAGCGUGUUAUUGAUGCUGUGCGCUUUACCCUCCGCCAGACCAUCUCCUUCCCACCCAGGGAUGAGUGGAAUGAUUUCAACUUUGACAUGGAUGCUCGUCGCAACAAGCAACAGCGUAUCAAGGAGGAGGGGGAGUGAGCACUGCUGUGUGAUCUCUUUCCAUAGUCUUGCCAUCUGCCCACCCCCUACAAGGCCCUACAGCUUGACCUUCAAAGCAUUUUCUCUAUAAUCCUCUUCUCAGUCUGGUUUCUUAAGGAAAGGAGAAGGAAGAGGCUGAUAUGAUUCUGGCUUUGAAGUCUGAUUCUGAUUCUGGCUUUAAGCCUUCAAGUCUAUUGCUUGUAAGAGUAAAGUUGCUAUGGCUAGGAAGUGAGUAAAAAAGCAGUUAGUGUCUUCUUAAGCUGCAGAGAUCUCUCAUUGACUUUUAUAAAGCAUUUUUACUUUUAUAGUCUAAGACUAUAUAUUUAAAUAUAUAAAUAUACAGUAUAUAUUUUUGAGUGGGGGGCAUUGAGUAUUGUUUAAAAUGUAAUUUAAAGGAAAGGAAAUCAAGUUGCACUUAACAACUUUUUUUUUAAUUUACUUGUUUUGAAUGGCUUAUGUAUACAUACCCCUUCUCUCAAGGUAUAGCAUGUAUGGUAAUACCUAUUUAGAGCUUGUGCCACAUGUGAGUGACAUUUAUGUAUAUGUCCUUCAGUUCUUUUGAUGCUAAACAAAUGCCAUGUCAAACCUUUGGGUAGAUCAAGUUGUACUUAUCAUUACUUAUUAUGUAGGUGAGACUGUAUACAUAUGUGCAUGAUUCCCUAUGUUGGUAUAUUUUAUGUUACUGAUAUCCCUACUAGUAAUGGUUAUUCACUCUGGAGUUAUUUAAUCCAAUUACAAGAAAAAGUUUAUAUUCGCAUUAUCACACACCACAGGGAGGAAAUAUCCUCUCUUUCUUGGAAUUUGGGUGUGACUAAAACUCAAAAGGGCCAAGGCAGGCAUUUCAAAAACACCUGGUAUCAUUUUCCUGGAUAUAUCAAUAAUUCCCUCAAGUUUAAAACCAGACAUGUAAUCUCUUAGUAUUUCCUGGGAAAACAUUUGUGGCCAUUAUAAGAGCCUUAAACUGAAAUGUAUGACUAGAUUGGCUAACUCAAUUACACAUUUGCUACCCUGGAUAGAAUUAAGGUUGAGUUGAUUGGGAUACAUGCCAUCUAUGUAGUUCUUACAGUGAAGGCAUAAUGUCUAUUAAGAAGAAUAUCCAGGAAAAGCAGAUAUAUAUAGAAAUAAUGAAGCUCCACUAAACAAACAGCAAGAGAUCCCAGUGAGCCAUGAAUUGAAAUUGGAAGACCUCUUGAAAUAGAGAUAAUAUUACUUCAUAAAUGUUUUUUGUAAAGCCCUCCUAUUUUAUAAAGUGCUGCACGUAGAGGCUUGUUUAUCUUUCUCUCUUCAAGGUUGAAAACAGGAGUAGUGAUUUGGAAAACAUAUAAUUAUGAGGUUAUUUUUCUUCUGUGGCAUCAGUUAGAUCACUAUGUCACUUUUCGUUUUUGAUCAAUGAGAGUUUCACUUUGUUGGAAAGUAACUGUGAGAACCCACUUCCCCAUUCACUCUCUUCUGGACUGUGCAUAGACAUAAAAAUGUCCGUACAGUCCCAGGGAUAAGCCUUCCAUGGAAGGAGCUGUUGCUUGAACCACAUAAACAAAGACUUGUCUUCAAAGCUUAAAAAACAUGGCAAUAUUCCACUAAAUAUUUCAGAAGCAUAUUUUGUAGUAAAUACUUUUUUCACACUUUACAACAAAUGUUUUGUAUAUAUGCUAAUGAGCUCUCAAACGCUCUUCUAUUUUCUAGUAAAGGGCUCUCAUUGUCUAUAACCUUCCAUUUUUAUUUUAAAGUGCAAAAGGGCUAAUAUGGCUCUAAAAUAUGAUGUAUGAGUGUCAUCUGAAAGUGUAUAUAUGUUUUGAGUGUGAAAUUGCAUAUUUUGUGUUUGCUAUUUUUUUCUUUUUGGGUUAGUGGGUUUUUCAGAACCACAGUUGAAACAUUUUAUUAUUAUUAUUAUUAUUGUUAUUAUUAUUGUUUUUAUAUUUUCAUUGAAACACCAAUUAGUAAAACUAAGAGAUCAAAUUAAAGAAAAUGUCAUAACUGUAAGAUGGGGGGAGGGAAAGUUGUUAUGUUUUUUAUUAUUUUUAUUUUGUAUGUUAAAGAGAGUGAGUCCUGGAUUUCAAAGUUUCAUUGUGCUUCAGUGGUAAUAAGCACUGUUAACUUGUGGAACAAGCAGGCAGCUUUGAAAACUUAUUGAGGGGAAGAGUGAAAGCUGUGCCUUAGCAAAGCUAAGAGGACAAAUGGCUUCCUCUAUUGUCCUGAGUGUUUGAAUAAAUUUAAGGGCUUCUUUGGACCUAUUUCAGCACUAUUUUGAUGGCACUAGGGACUCAGAAAUUCAUGUACUGUAUCUCAUGGGUUUGGCAUUAGCUGAGCCUAGGUGCAACUACUGGCCUAACCUCCUGGUGGAAACUCCCACUCUUUGAGUAUAUGAGUAGCUAGGAGAGUGGGGUGAUAGAAUAUAGAGAGCAGAUGAAUAGGAGUGUGCUUAAUGAAGUUCUUGUGGCCUCAGCUCAAUGCAGUUAGCUGAAGAAUGGACAGGUUUUUGUUUGGAGGUGAUUAGAGACACAAAUGGAGAACAGAACUUUCUUCAUUAAAUCCAUUAACAUUUGUCUGUUGAUAUUCCCCUAAAAUGCUAUAUGUGGGAUGUUGAAUGUUAAGGGUUCUGUUUUUUUUAUUAUUUUUAUAAUUGUACAAAGAUUAGUAAAUGGUAUAUGUUUUAUGUACCUUAUUAAUGUUUUUUGAAAAAUAAUUUCUUAUAUAUGUGAUAUCUUUUUUUUAAAGCUUCAGUUGCUUAACUUUUGGUAUUUUGUAUCAUGGGCCAUUAGUGAGCCAGAGGCAAAUCUAUAAGUCACUUAUGUUUACCAAGACAUGCAAUAAAAUUUAAAAAUAAAUAAAAAUGCAUUAAGAAAUGG